GUUAACCUAACAUUCGUGUCUUUGGGUUGUGUAAGGGAGCCAGAGAGCAAAGUCAUUAUAGUUAACUAAAACUAAAUCUGCUGCUGACUCAUUUUUCUGGUUUUGUACAAAAAUUCGCCACUUAUUGGAAAAGCAUUUCUCACUGAAACGUUUGGAAAGAGCAUCGAACUAAGUGCCUUUACAGCUAUGUGUGGUGUGAUCAGCAGGAACAUGAACUGCAUAAAAAGUUACAGCAGCAAAAAAGACUGUCCCCACAUUUGAGCUUUGAAUGGGAGAAAUGGUGACUGCAUCAUAUCUAAAGAGACUCUGAAAACAGAAUCGAUACAUUUCAGAGAUCAGUCAUGUUUUACAAUGUUUAUUAUUAAUAUUCUGUGUUUGUGCUUCUACCCUUAUUUUUUUUGCAUUUACGUUACAUUAUACUGGUUUGAACGCUGUCACAGGCAGCUGAUCGAGGGUAUGUGCCGGUUUUCCUUUGUUUAGAAUAAAAAAAAACAAAAAAAAAACAUGAAAGAAUAAACUAAAUUAGAACUGCGUGUGGUAAAACAUUGAAUUACAAACUGAAAGAGAAAGUGCCCUCAGGCUGACUCUUGUAACCGGUUUGAUGAGGAUGCUUGCUGUGAGUAAUCCCGCCAACCACUGCAGCUCCCCAUUUAUUUUCCACUUCUAAUAGUUGGCCUUUAGAGUCACUGUGGAUUUUUCUUUCUUCCCCCCCCCCCCCAACCUCGCAAACAUAUUACACCUCUAUGGAGUUUCCAUCUUUCAUGCGGUGUCCUCGCUGGCACUGAAGUAUUUUGAGUCUAAAUACUUUUAAUUAUCAGGCAUUCAAAUCCCCACUUUUAUUUUGAAGGCGGUCUCAAUCCGUGCGCCUUGACGCAGCAGCGUGGAUCAAGUGGACUUCACUCUGACAGAUAAGUCCUGAAAGUUUCCCCCGUCACGAGGACCGGCUUAUGCAUUGAGGUCAGGCCGUGUGGGGCAGUGAAGAGCCGGGAGAUGACCGACCUGUGGGUUUCCGUAGCGGUGCUGGGGGUUUCGGUGCUCCUCAGCGAGCUGAUCCGCUCCGCAGCGCGUCUGUUCCAGAGAGAUUACCGGAUUUACCUGCUGGAGGUGGCGUCCACAUUCCAGCUCUGCUGCUGCACGCAUGAACUCAAACUGCUGGGAGACUCGGCCCAGCUGGAGCUCAGCUACGGCCUGGCUCUCACCUACACGGUGACUCUUGUCCACUUGGCAACUUUCCAGGACGCGACCUGUAACCCCACCGCGGCUCUGGAGAGCGUGUGCCGCGGGACCCGCAGCUUAAGGGCGGCCGGCGUCCUCAUUAUGCUCCAGUUCGCAGCUGCCGUCGCCGCGCAGUCUUAUGUCGCCUCCGUGUGGUCGCAGGGUCUUUCCGACAUCCACCUGCGGCACCAGAGCUCUGACUUCAGGUGCUUCGAUCCCCUCGGCGGGACGCUGCUGGAGGCCGCGGUGGUGGAGCUGGCCUGCGCCUUCGUUUUCCAGGCUGCCUGCAUGCACGUCCACAAACUGGACGCAAGACUCCAGGUGCACUUCAUCGCUGCUGUUGUAACUGCAGCGGUUUAUGCAGGUGGAGAGAUUUCUGGAGCCAUUUUCAACCCAGUGUUGGCCUUCUCCGUUCAGUUCCCCUGCAGCGGCCACACCUACCUGGAGUAUUGUUUUGUGUACUGGCUGGGACCCGUUUUAGGCGUGGUGAGCUGCAUCCUGCUGUUUGAGAAGAUCAUCCCUUUCCUGUUUGGUGGGAGUACCGCUGGUAUGGACGUUCCUGCCAUCCAGAAAAAGAAGACCCAGUAGGUGCGAGUGGGAAAAGCCGUGCCUGUUUUUAAAGCUUUUUAUUCCUCAUGUCUUAACGGAUAACAACAGCACAGCCAGGUUUUCUUUUUCUUUUGUUAUUAAUGCUGCAGUGCAGGGUUGCCUCACCUUCAAAAUAUCUGUGAACACAUAAAAAACAAUACACACUAAUGUGUGGGUACUGUCAGGGUAAAACGCACUUUUACUAUCACUGAACAGCAAAUGUCAGCUAAGCUGUCAAAUACACUGUUAGAAAGCUGACGUCUAAUCAGAACACACAAGUGGCUUCAGUUUCUCACUAAAAGAUGACAAAUGUGCUUCAUACAGAGGCUCAGACCUGCUGCUAAAACACUAUUUUAAAUGUUAACAAUAACAUACGCAUUCUGGGGCUUAAGGUUGACCUAAAAUAUUAAUUGUUCUUUCUUCACGUGCAAUUAAAUGUUAGCUAUAAUGAGACUGCAGCUACCAAAAAGCAUAAAAUACACUAGUGUGCUUUUCUAGUCUGCACAAAUUGUAUCUUUACCCUACAUUUAACAGGAAAACGGCCCUGGAUAUGCACGGUUAGUGCCAUUUUUAUUAAUAGUUAUUUUCAUUAAUCUUAGUCUUAAGAUUUAAGCACAAAUAUUUAAAGUUUUGCCAAAAAAUAACAUGAAAAUUGUCAUAAGCACAGCAACGGUGAAUGUAUGCACUAUUAUUAUGCUGAAUGUAUAUUUGUGCUUAUGUUAUCGCACAUGUGACGAAGCUGAAGAACAACAGAACCACACUGAUUUUAAAAAUGCAGACAAAGCACAAGCAGCAAGUGGUUAAUAUGCAAACAAGUAGGUGUGAUGGUGCGCCUACUAAAAUUCAUCUUUUUCUCUAUGCAGUCUGGUAGAUUCAUGACUUUUUGGAUUGUGGGCUAUUAAUUGGAAGCACUUUAAUCAUUUAUGCUGCUCCCUUAUUUCCCAUGAGCGUCACCACAGCGGAUGGAUCCGACUUACACGACCCUUCCAUUUAUUUUGGUUUGGCACGCCAUUAGGAGUACAAUAGCCUGAGUCUGUUCUGGAUUGCGGGAGCCACAUUUCAAGCCUUUUCUUAAGCCUGAUAUUACUGAUAUCAGGACAUGUUUUCAGAGGUGUGAAGAAAGAUCCCCAGUUCGAGACCAGAAGAAGACGCCAAUCCGUUUGAUGUUGUGCCUGGAAGAUUAUUCGGUGUAUGGAUCAGCUGUGGCGAUCUCUCGUUAAUAAGAGAGCAGCAGAAAGAAUCUAAGACACAUACAGCCACGUGCAAUCUCCAAAUGCCAUAAAACAACAUUAUAAAAGAGUUUAAUUCACUCUUAUUGCCAAACUGGGUGUUGUUGGAGGAAAGGACUGCAGAUGUUUGGUUUUAUUAACCAUGUUUUCAAAGCCUUAAAACUUCAGAUGUCUUGCUUUUUUACUUCACGUAGCAUGUUAAAGAAAACUGGACCUCUGUUGUAGGACAUGGUGAUGGUUGGUUUUGGGUGACCAAACCUUUUUUCGGUUUAAUCUCACGUUUGGCUCGGUUAACGUGUCUGUCUGGUAGUUUACUGUAUUUAACGGUUCAGGUGCUAGAAUUAUACUGUAUGUGGUGCUGGUGGGACUUUAGUAUUUUAUUUUUGGGGCACAACACUGAAUCUGAAGUUUCUGUGCAUAAAGACGACUGAUCUUAAAAACCUCCUACAGUGCGAGUUUCUGAUUGUAAAACUGGGAUAAUUAUUUUAAAUAAGAAUGUGAUUAAACACAUUUGUCUGUGAACAAAAUGUAUAGUGGUUUUCUAUAAUGUUGUAAUUUAAAUGCAGUAUUUUGAUUAAAAAUAUGUCUGAAAAAUGUUAAA